UCAGCGUAUUUGUCUUUUCUCUCUCCGAAAUAAAUAAAUCACACACAACACAAUCCCAAAGCAAGACAAUGGAAGCUGUUAUUAGUGCCACCAUUCAAGUCACAGUGGAGAAGUUGCUUGCAUCCGCCACUGCAGAUUUGAGCCUGGUGUGGGGUUUCAAGAAAGACUUAAGAAAGCUAAGUGAUUCGUUAGAAAUGAUCAAGGAAGUGUUGGAAGAUGCUGGGAAACGCCAAGUUACCGAUAAGGCUGUCAAACUCUGGCUCGAGAAACUUCAAGAUGUUGCCUAUGAUGCUGAUAAUGUCUUGGAUGUGAUCAACUAUGAAAAUUUGGAUCGAGAGAUCCGGAACCAGGCGAUGCCAAAAGUGCGCUUAUACUUCCCUUUCUACAGGUCUUUGGCAUUCCGAUGGAAAAUGGCUCACAAAAUCAAGGAGAUAAAUGUCAACUUCGAGGAUAUAAACAAUCGAGCUAGUGGCCUUCGCCUUCAGGGUGUUGCUGGCUCAGCUCUGUCUUUGCCUCCUGCCCCAGAAACUGACAGCAUAACUUUUGAUCCAAUUGUCGUUGGAAGAAAAGAUGAUGAAGUAAAAAUUUUGGAGCUGAUAACCAACACAAAUGACGAAGUUAUUUCAGUCCUUCCCAUAGUUGGAAUGGGAGGGCUUGGCAAGACAACUCUAGCUCGGUCGGUCUUCAAUCAUCCAAGCACAAAGAGUCUUUUUGACGAAAGGAUUUGGGUAUGCAUCUCAAAAAAUUUGGAGGUGACGAUAAUUUUUAAAAGGAUUCUGGAAUGCUUGGGAGACACUGCUGAUGUAGACAACAGGGAAGCUAUAGUGAAAAAGCUUGGAAAGAAAUUGGAAAGGAAAAAAUACUUGUUCUUGACGAUUUUUGGGAUAUUGACAAUAGACAAGUGUGGGAUGAUUUUAAAAAUACUAUGGUUGGAGUUAACCACAAUAAAGGAAAUGCCAUCAUGGUGA